AUGCAAAGACGAAUAAUUAUUCCCAGUGCAAACAGCAACAUUAACAACAACAACAUCAUCAAUGACCACCACGCAGUUGUUAACGAAAAUAGUAUUACAGAUCGGAAAAGUAGCGAGUACUUAACGCAGCUGUUGAACGAUAAAAAAGCUCUCUUGGGACUGCCAGUAGUUUUCCAACACCUGGAUAAAAUUCUGGAUGAAGAAAUUAAUAAAGUUCGUAGCCACCUAUUCAAUGUUUGCUCCAAUAAAGAAUCCUUGAGUCUGCCGGAACCUGAUGGACCUACAGUCACGCUGACUGAAAAAUUGCCUGUUCCAAUCUCCACCUACCCAGAUUUCAAUUUUGUUGGUCGCAUCUUGGGACCUCGUGGCAUGACAGCCAAGCAGCUGGAGCAGGAUACAGGCUGCAAAAUCCUGGUCAGGGGAAGGGGAUCGAUGAGGGACAAAGCAAAGGAGGAACAAAAUCGUGAUAAACCAAACUGGGAGCACUUGAAGGAGGACUUGCACGUUCUCAUCACCGUUGAGGACACAGAGAACAGAGCAAGGAUGAAGUUGGAUCGAGCUGUUAAGGAAGUUAAGAAGCUGCUUGUUCCCGCUGCUGAUGGUGAAGAUGAUUUGAAAAAGUUACAACUGUUGGAAUUGGCAAUCAUCAAUGGCAGUUACCGUGAGAACACAGUACCUGUACUCACCUCACAACGUUCGUUAUCCUUCACUCUUCUUCUUCUUCUUACAUUUUUCCAUAAUGCCCGCACUUUAAAAAUAUAA